CCUCCCUCCGGUCCCCGACCCGGCCGGAUCCCUAGCCAUCCUCCUCCCGCUCCGCCGCCGCUGCUCCCGCCGCAGGUCACCCAUCCCUUCUCCUCGCGCCGCGUCCAGUGAGGUUAUCUGAUACAUAUUAUGGGCAAGUCGAGCAAGAAGUCCGGUGUUGAGGUUGCAUCUGCUGCUGCCUCUGUUCCAGACGGGAAAUCUGGAAAGAAGGGGAAGAGAAAUGCGGAAGAUGAGAUUGAGAAGGCUAUCAGCACCAAGAAGCAAAAAACUGUACCUGAAGUGAAGAAGCAGCCCCCUCCGAAGAAGGUUGAGAGCAGCAGUUCUGAGGAGGAGGAUUCUUCAGAUUCCGAAGAGGAGGUUAAGGUCCAGCCAAAGAAGGUUGUCCAACCUAAGAAAGGUACACAACCUCCUAAACAGGAGUCCAGUGAUGAUAGCUCAUCAUCUGAUGAUGAACCUUCAAAAAAACCUGUUACCCCUUCAAUUAAACCCCUGGCUGCCAGUAGCAGCAGCAGUGAUGACAGCAGUGACAGUGAUGAGAGCAGCUCUGAUGAGGAACCUGCAAAGAAGCCUGCUGCCCCUUCAAAGAAGCCUAUUGCAGUGGUUAACAAUGGUUCCAAAAAGGUCAAGUCCGACAGCAGCAGCUCUGACAGUAGCUCGGAUGAGGAAUCUGACGAGGAUGAAAAGCCUGCUGCUCAAUUAAAGAAGCCUGCAGCUGCCUCUGUUCAGAAGAAAACCCAAGAGUCUGAUAACUCUGACAGUGAUUUUGAUGAUGAUUCAGAUGAGGAUAUGCCUGCUAAAGCUCCAGUAGCAGCCAAGAAAAAGGAAGAAUCCAGCGACAGUUCUGAUUCUGAGAGUGAUUCUGACUCUGAGGAUGAGAAUAACAAUGUUAAAACAGUACAGCCUGCCAAGGCUGCUCCUUCUAAACAGAGGGAAGAAUCUAGUGAUAGCUCAGAAGAAUCUAGUGAUAGCUCAGAAUCUGACUCAUCUGAUAGCUCAGAAUCUGACUCAUCCGAGUCAGAGUCAGAUUCUGAUGAACCUGAAAAACCUACUAUCCCUGCAAAAAGGCCUCUAGCAACAGUUAAGAAGAAUGAACAAUCAGAUGAUGAAUCUGAUGAUAGUUCCGGUGAUAGUUCUGAUGAUAGUUCUGAUGAAAGUGAUGUGGAGCCUCCACAAAAGAAGCUUAAGGAUUAUGCUCCUUCUAGUGCUGCAAAGCCUGCCACUAAGGUUUCCAAGAAAGAAAGCAGUAGUGGUGAAGAUGAUGAUGACAGUUCAGAAGACAGCUCUGAUGGUGAUAGCCAUAAAGAAGUUCAAUCAAAGCAAAAACCAAAAGCAGAAGACAGCAGCAGCUCUGAAUCUUCUGAAGAAGAUGGUGACAAGGAAAGUGACAAAUCUGUUAAAAUUCCCAUGAAAAAGGGAACUUUGGUAGACAACUCUCUUACUUCAGCACAUUCUGCGAAAAAAAUGGCACAGAACGAACCCAAAACUCCUGCCAGCAACCAAAGUCAGGCUACUGGGUCAAAGACACUUUUUGUUGGGAAUUUAUCGUACAAUAUAGAGCAUGAACAAGUUAAGCAAUUUUUUGAGGAGGCUGGUGAGGUUGUUGAUAUUCGUUUGGCUACUUUCGAAGAUGGGAGCUUCAGGGGUUUUGGACAUGUUGAAUUCGCUACAGCUGAAGUUGCUCAGAAGGCACUCGAAUUUGCUGGUCAUGACCUGAUGGGACGGCCGGUCAGGCUUGAUCUGGCUAUCGAGAGGGGUGCAUACACUCCUGGCAGCGGGAGGGACAGUAGUUCUUUCAAGAAGUCUGCUCAAAGGUCAGGCAACACUGUGUUUAUUAAAGGCUUUGAUAGAUCUCUUGGAGCGGAUCAGAUCCGAAGCUCUCUUGAAGAACAUUUUAGCUCAUGUGGUGAGAUUACACGAAUUUCAAUUCCAAAGGAUCAUGAUACUGGUGAAAGCAAAGGGAUGGCAUACAUGGAUUUUAAGGACCAGGAUUCCUUGUCUAAAGCUUAUGAGCUGACUGGAUCUGAUCUUGGUGGCUUCAACUUGUAUGUUGAUGAAGCGAAGCCUAGACCUGAUAACAACAGAGAUGGUGGCUUCAGUGGUGACAGGCGUGGUGGUUUCAGUGGAAGAGGAUGGAGUGACAUAGGCUGUGGACGUGAUGGAGGCCGUGGACGCGGAAGAGGAGGAAGGGGUGACAGAGGCCGUGGAGGCCGGGGUACGCCUUACAGGCAGAACCCUGGUACAGUUAGUACAGGAAAGAAGACAACAUUCGGUGACGACUGAGUGAAGAUUGAGCUUAGGCGCGCACAAUCUCCCCUCCGACGUUUAUAGUGAAAAAUGUGAACGCUACUAUAUUAUACCCUUAGACUGUUUUCUUCUGCUAUCUGUUCUAUUGGAGGCCGUGCUGGUUUCUUUGCCCGGCAAUUUUGAAUAUUUUCGAACCUUUUUUGACAUUUAGAGUUAUUAAACAUGGCAAGUGCGCA